AUGGCUACAUCUCACCUCACCGAGCAAUCUGAGCGAAAAGUCUUUCUGGAACUCCAAGAUGGUGAUGUGUAUGAGGGAUUCAGCUUCGGUGCUGACAAAAGUGUAUCUGGAGAGCUCGUUUUUCAGACAGGCAUGGUCGGCUACCCUGAAUCAGUUACAGAUCCCUCAUAUAGAGGCAACUAUGGCGUACCAGCUCGCGACGCUAUGGACGAAGUGCUGAAAGACCUACCAAAGUACUUUGAAUCUGAGGAGAUCCAUGUAGCAGGGUUAAUUAUUGCUACCUACGCAGGAGAGCAGUAUUCUCAUCAUCUUGCAAAGUCAUCUCUUGGCCAAUGGCUAAAGGAACAGGGUGUGCCUGCAAUGUAUGGGGUGGAUACUCGAGCUCUGACCAAGGUCAUCAGAGAAGAGGGAGCUAUGCUCGGCCGGAUGUUGAUUGCUCGAUCCACUACAGACGACUCAACAGGACAUGCAGCAGUGACGAAUGGUGUGAACGGCAUCAACGGUCUCAACGGAUUGGGUCCUCGUCAUUGGCGAGAUGAUGUGCAGGAGGCGCCCUGGCAAGAUCAAAACAAGAAGAAUCUGGUCGCAGAAGUGUCAAUCAAACAACCAAAAUUGUACAAACCAGAUGCGAGCACAGCCCUAUUUCAUCCAUCGGGUCGUCCGGUUCGUGUGGUUGUGGUAGAUGUAGGUAUGAAAUUCAACCAGCUAAGAUGCUUCUUACGACGUGGAGUCGAAGCUCUGGUAGUGCCUUGGGACUACAACUUCCCAGCUCUUGCUGGCAAAGAUUAUGACGGCUUGUUCAUUUCUAACGGUCCCGGCGAUCCAGCCAUGAUGACUGAUACAGUCAACCAUAUUGCAGAGGCAAUGAAAGAGGGCAGAACACCUGUCUUUGGCAUUUGCUUAGGCCACCAACUCUUAGCAAGAGCUGCUGGUGCUGGCACCCUAAAAAUGAAAUUUGGCAACCGUGGUGCAAACAUUCCCUGCACAAACCUGCUGUCAGGACGGUGUUACAUCACUUCGCAGAAUCAUGGUUUCGCUGUCGACUCAAUGACUCUACCACAAGGAUGGGAGGAACUAUUUGUGAACGCCAACGAUGGUAGCAACGAAGGCAUUCGCCAUAUAUCAAGACCCUACUUCAGUGUACAAUUUCAUCCUGAAAGUACACCUGGUCCACGAGACACAGAAUUUUUGUUUGAUGUCUUUAUUGACGCCAUCAUGAAAUCGCUCCGAUCGGUCAAUGCCUUGCUUGAGCCUGUGUCUUUCCCAGGUGGAACAGCCGAGCAAAACGAGAAGGCCCACCCAAGAGUCAGUGUCAAAAAAGUGCUCGUUUUGGGCAGUGGUGGUUUGAGCAUUGGUCAGGCCGGCGAGUUCGAUUACUCUGGCAGUCAGGCCAUCAAGGCGCUGAAGCAAGAAGGCAUCUACACUGUCUUGAUUAAUCCAAACAUUGCGACAAUUCAAACCUCGAAAGGUCUUGCUGACAAGGUUUACUUUCUGCCAGUCAAUGCCGAAUUCGUAAGGAAGGUCAUCAAACAUGAACGACCAGAUGCCAUUUACUGCACCUUUGGUGGUCAGACUGCUUUACAAGUUGGAAUACAGCUCAAGGAUGAGUUUGAAGAGUUAGGUGUCAAAGUGCUCGGUACUCCAAUAGAAACGAUCAUCACCACAGAAGAUCGUGAAUUAUUCGCACGCAGCAUGGAAUCUAUUGGUGAGAAGUGUGCCAAGUCCGCUUCAGCCUUGAACCUAGAGGAAGCUCUCCAUGUGGUCAAAGACAUUGGCUUUCCAGUCAUCGUUCGAGCUGCGUAUGCUCUAGGUGGACUUGGUAGCGGGUUCGCUAAUAAUGAGGAUGAGCUGCGAGCACUUUGUAGCAAAGCAUUUGCUGCCAGUCCACAAGUUCUAAUCGAACGCAGCAUGAAGGGCUGGAAGGAGAUCGAGUACGAGGUUGUUAGAGAUGCACGCGACAAUUGUGUUACGGUCUGUAACAUGGAGAACUUUGACCCUCUGGGCAUCCAUACUGGUGAUUCUAUCGUUGUGGCACCCUCACAGACUCUCUCUGACGAAGACUACAACAUGCUACGUACCACCGCUGUCAAUGUGAUCAGACAUCUAGGCGUUGUUGGUGAGUGCAACAUCCAAUAUGCCCUGAACCCUUUCUCGAAAGAAUACUGCAUCAUCGAAGUCAACGCUCGUCUGUCUAGGUCUUCGGCAUUGGCAUCGAAAGCAACUGGUUAUCCUCUCGCCUUUAUUGCGGCCAAGCUUGGUCUAGGUAUUCCUCUGAACGAGAUAUCUAAUUCAGUGACGAAAAAGACAGUGGCUUGUUUCGAGCCAUCACUUGACUAUGUCGUUGUGAAGAUUCCGAGAUGGGAUCUCAAGAAGUUUACACGAGUGUCCACGCAGCUUGGCUCCUCUAUGAAGAGUGUCGGCGAGGUUAUGGCGAUUGGCAGAACUUUCGAAGAGGCUAUUCAGAAAGCCAUCCGCUCCGUGGACUUUCACAAUUUAGGAUUUUCUGAGAAUCCUAAUCCCCUUAUGUCCAUUGAUGAUGAGCUUCAAACACCAUCUGAUCAACGUAUGUUUGCAAUCGCGAAUGCCAUGCAUGCUGGCUAUUCUGUGGACAAAAUCUGGGAGAUGACUCAGAUUGACAAGUGGUUCCUCUACCGGCUGAAAGGUCUCAGUGAUUUUGCUAAAUAUAUGUCCAAAUACAGUCUUGGAUCAGUCACACCGACAUUGCUCAAGCAAGCGAAACAACUCGGCUUCUCAGACCGCCAGCUGGCAAGAUAUUGGAACUCGAACGAGCUUGCCGUACGUCGUCUGAGGGUUGAAAACGGUGUUCAACCUGUGGUCAAGCAGAUAGAUACGGUUGCGGCAGAAUUUCCAGCUUACACCAACUACCUGUACCUGACCUACAACGGUUCGGAAAGUGACGUCGACUUCACGGAUAAGGGUAUUAUGGUUCUAGGCUCAGGAGUGUAUCGUAUCGGUUCCUCUGUGGAGUUUGACUGGUGCUCAGUAAGAGCGAUUCGCACAUUGAGGCAGCAAGGAUACAAGACGGUCAUGGUGAACUACAAUCCUGAGACUGUAAGUACAGAUUAUGAUGAGGCCGACCGCCUCUACUUCGAGAACAUCAACCUCGAGACAGUUCUUGACGUGUAUCAAUUGGAAUCGUCCAGUGGUGUCAUCAUCUCCAUGGGUGGGCAGACACCAAACAAUAUUGCACUGCCACUGCACAGACUGAACGUGAAGAUCCUGGGAACUUCUCCGGAGAUGAUUGAUAACGCCGAGAACCGUUGGAAAUUUUCUCGAAUGCUUGAUCGAAUAGGUGUUGAUCAACCGGAAUGGAAAGAACUCAGUAGUAUCGAAGAAGCGCUCGCGUUCUGCGAAAGAGUCAAAUAUCCUGUGCUCGUAAGACCUUCUUACGUGCUUUCUGGAGCCGCGAUGAAUACGGUCUACUCGAAAGCUGACCUGGCUAACUUCCUGAAUCAAGCAGUAGAGGUCUCGAGAGAACACCCUGUGGUCAUCACCAAGUACAUCGAAGAUGCAAAGGAAAUUGAGAUGGAUGCUGUUGCCAAAGAUGGUGUCAUGGUAGGGCAUUUCAUCUCCGAGCAUGUUGAAAAUGCUGGGGUUCACUCAGGAGACGCUACCCUGAUCUGUCCACCACAAGAUCUCGAAGACGAAACAAUCGCCAAGAUUGAAGAGGCAACUCGCAAGAUUGGAGAUGCUCUGAACGUGACAGGUCCUUACAACAUCCAAUUCAUUGCCAAGGAAAAUGCCAUCAAGGUCAUUGAGUGCAAUGUUCGAGCUUCGCGGUCGACUCCGUUUGUAUCUAAAGUCAUGGGGCUGGACUUGAUUGAGAUGGCAACGAAAGUAAUCAUGGACAAGCCAGUCGAACCUUACCCUAAACUCAAUAUUCCCAAAGACUAUGUCGGCGUCAAAGCUCCCCAAUUCUCGUUCUCACGCCUGUCAGGCGCUGAUCCGGUAUUGGGUGUCGAGAUGGCUUCGACUGGCGAAGUGGCAUCCUUCGGCAAGGACAGAUGGGAGGCUUAUUUGAAGGCCACAAUCUCGACCGGCUUCAAGCUCCCGCGAAAGAAUAUUCUGCUAUCCAUUGGAUCUUUCAAGGACAAGAUGGAAAUGUUACCUUCGGUCCAGAAACUCGACCAACUCGGCUUCAACCUCUUUGCCACCGCUGGCACUGCAGACUUCCUGGAGGAGCAUGGUGUGAAGGCCAAGUUUUUGGAAGUGCUUGGCCGUGACGAUAAGGACCAGCGCUCAGAAUACUCGUUGACACAGCAUUUGGCAAACAACAUGAUCGACCUCUAUAUCAACCUCCCUUCUGCAAACAAGUUCAGACGACCAGCGACCUAUAUGAGUAAGGGCUAUCGAACUCGAAGAAUGGCCGUGGAUUACCAAACUCCUUUGAUCACGAACGUAAAAAUCGCCAAGAUCCUGGUCGAGGCUAUAGCACGACACUAUGAUCUGAAAAUUCGGAACAUUGACUUCCAGACAAGUCAUAGAACGAUUGCUUUGCCAGGCAUGAUCAAUAUUGGGGCUUUCAUACCUGGUGUUGCACAAAGAGGUUCGCAUGACUUCAAAUUAGUUACCAAAGCGUCCAUUGCAGCAGGCUUCAGUAUGAUUCGAGUUAUGCCAAUAGGAUUUGAGACAGCUAUUACCGAUGCUAGAACGCUGAAGAUGGCACAACUUAACUGCGAGCGAGGAGCCUACUGUGACUUCAAUUUCUCGGUGACUGCAACACUGGACAAUUCAGAACAGAUUAAGAAUGUCAUUGACGAGGUUGGUGCGAUGUAUCUGCCUUUCAACUCCUUAUCUGGCAAUAUCAACAAGGUGGCUUUGGUAACCUCUCACUUUGCAGUGUGGCCUGAAGAAAAGGCUAUUGUCACAGAUGCAAAAACAACUGAUCUGGCUUCGGUCCUGUUGCUCGCUAGUCUGCACGGGAGAAAAGUGCACGUAACAUCAGUCACAUCCAAGGACGACAUCAACAUCAUUGCUUUAGCCAAAGAAAAAGGCUUGAAAGUCACCUGCGAUGUGGCGGUUUACAGCCUCUUUUUGUCUCAAGCUGAUUAUCCAGAUUGUUCAGCACUGCCCACACUAGAAGACCAGGAAGCAUUGUGGGCCCAGAUGAACGCCAUCGAUGCUUUCUCAACUGGCAGCAUUCCUUACCAGAUUGCCGGAAGUGAGGCUGUCCCAACUGUGGGUAUUGCAGACGCUCUACCCUUGCUAUUCACUGCCGUGGCAGACAGCAGGCUUACAAUUGAGGAUGUGACUCAACGUCUAUACGACAAUCCCAAGAAGAUCUUCGAACUUCACGAGCAACAUGCCACACAAAUCGAAGUGGAUAUUGAUCGGCCAUAUGUACUACAAGCUGGAAGUGUCUGGUCACCUUUCGUUGGCAGGACAUUGAAGGGUACUGUCUCAAGGGUCACAUUCACUGGCAGAACUGCUUGUCUCGACGGUGAACCUACACUAGAGAGUCCACGAGGCUCUGAUAUGUCGUCACAUGUGUUACAUCCACAGUCCCCCUUAGCUCUGAAAGCAGUGCAGUCGCCUAUUAUUCGAGCACAAGAAAGUCCUUUCGGACGACGUGGUACCCUUGCCGAUCUGUCAACGUCGCGCAGAUUCUCAACCACUCAAAGACUUCGACCACAACCUCUGGCUACCCCUGCACGUGAUCUUGAUGAAACACCAGAUACACCCGUCAUUCCGCAACAAUCAGCACUCUUGUAUCAGCCACAAGCAGUGACAGAUGUUUCACCAUCGUUGAUGUCUUUGCUGGCGAGCUCGCCGUUCAAGAACAAGCAUAUCCUGUCGGUGUCACAGUUCGACCGCAAAGCCCUUCAUCUGCUUUUCACGGUUGCUCAAGAGAUGCGUCUUGGUGUACAACGCAGUGGUAUUGUGCCUAUUCUGUCAAACCGCGUGCUCUGCACCAUGUUCUAUGAGCCGUCAACCAGAACAUCUGCCUCGUUCGACGCAGCCAUGCAACGUCUUGGAGGUCGAGUGAUCGUGAUCAACACAGAGCAUUCGUCUACCAAGAAGGGAGAAACUCUUCAGGACACGGUUCGUACACUUGGUUGUUAUGGAGACGUGGUUGUGCUGCGACAUCCUAGUGAUGAUAGCGCAUCAGUAGCAGCCAAGUACUCUACGGUGCCAAUCAUCAAUGGUGGAAACGGAGCUCGAGAGCACCCCACGCAGGCGUUCCUAGACCUUUUCACAAUACGUGAGGAAUUGGGUACUGUGACGGGAUUGACUGUAACAUUCACAGGUGACCUCAAGUAUGGUCGCACUGUGCACUCACUGGUCAAGCUUCUUCAGUACUAUGAUGUGAGAAUCAACCUUGUCUCACACUCAGCGCUAGCACUACCAGAAGAGGUCCUCAAGGACGUAAACUCUCCCAUCACGAUUUCCGAGUCCCUGACACCGGAAAUUGUUUCACGUACCGACGUGCUCUACUGCACACGCGUUCAACGCGAACGCUUCCCCAGCGAGGCGGAGUACGAAAGAUUGAAAGAUAGUCUGAUCGUGGAUAAUGCACUUCUCAGUCAUGCCAAACGAAAUAUGAUUGUAAUGCAUCCACUACCGCGGAAUGCCGAGAUCAGCGAGGAAGUGGACUUCGAUCAGCGAGCGGCGUAUUUCAGACAGAUGAAGCAUGGACUGUUCACUAGGAUGGCUCUGUUGGCGCUUGUGCUUGCUCCCUAG